GGGGGGCCUCGGAUGUAAUGGUCUGUAAGAUGCUAGCCCACAAUUGGCCCGAAAAAAGCGGCCCUGAGAAUCCAAUCUACUUCUCUGCCAGUGCCAUCCAACCCAUUACAACGGUAUGGAAUCUCAGUUCUCCACCAACAAAUUAGAUUUUCUAUCCAUGCCUGCAUCGUAAACGACUCCCUAACAAUGUCGAUCUUUUCUUUGCAACCCCAUUGCAAAAUACCCAGUUCGCUAUUCCCUAUUUCCUACUUGGGUUCUCCUUAUUUCUUGCAGAAUCAUCAUAAAGAUUCAUCUUUCAGAAUAGGCAAAGAUUUCAGGUUCUUGAAAGAAUCAAGAAUUAUUAGUCGAAAGAAGAGAGAAGGGAUUAUAUGUGGUGUGUCUUUGCUUCCAGUCGAUCCAUGGGCACCUAAUAUUGAUUCACAAAGCAUCGCUUCACAGCUUUUUGCAUUUUCUUUGUUUCCUUAUAUUGGUUUCUUGUACUUCAUCACUAAAUCCAAGACUGCUCCUAAGCUUACUCUCUUUGGUUUCUACUUCUUGCUUGCAUUUGUGGGGGCUACCAUCCCAGCUGGAAUUUAUGCAAAGGUGCAUUAUGGAACUUCCUUGUCUAAUGUGGAUUGGUUACAUGGGAGUGCUGAGUCCCUUCUCACCCUAACCAAUUUGUUCAUUGUAUUGGGACUGAGACAAGCCCUUAGGAAUAAUACAAGAGAUACUCAAAGCAGAACAGCAGAUUCUGUUCCUGCAAUCAAAGAGGAAAAGAAUUCUUCUGCUUAGAAUUAUACAGGCAGGCAGUCCCACCUUCCCAAGUGCUUGCGAUAUUGGAUUGUUGUCAGGAAUUAUAUGUGCCCACGGCCUUUUGUUCUUCUUGGCGUUGGUUAUUUUCAACAGCAGCGUUGUGGUAAACGCCAUAAUGCCCAUUUCAACUUUGAAUUGUGUAAUUUUUAUUUCUUUGCCCCGUCGUACUUGUUUAUUCAUGGCAAGGGCAACCUCUUUAUCCUCUUCUUUUCUAACUUUUCAUUUUCCCCUUAUGUUCAUAAGAGAGAAUGUUAGUUUUUUAAGUGUGAACUUUUAUUUGAUGAUACACCUAUGACAGAAAAAAUGUGAAUUAGUAAAUUCUUCUGUGCA